AUGAUUCUUUGGAUCGUACAGAAAAUCAGCAGAGAAAUUGGCAUUUUGAAGAAUCUACGCCAUGACAACAUUGUACCGUUGUGGGGUAUAGCGACAGGGUUUGGACGCAUGCCAGAGUUGCGCUGCUUAGUAUCUCCGUGGAUGCCAAACGGCACGUUGAAUGCCUACUUGGCAUGCAACCACCAGCAUCUGACAGUCCUCGACCGCUCACAUAUGCUGGAGGAUGUCAGCGCUGGACUUUAUUACUUGCACUCGGUGGACGUCGUGCACGGGGAUAUGACAGGAGCGAAUAUACUGAUCGACGAGGGAGGCCAUGCGAGGCUAAUUGAUUUUGGUCUUUCCACAAUUACCCGACCCCUUCCCGGCCAGUCGCACUUGGCUGCGACAUCUAUACGCGCAGGUGCUAUCCGUUAUACAGCACCAGAAAUCUUUCUGUCAGAUGAUGUCCGUGACCUGGGAUAUUUGGAAAAAACUGAUAUCUAUUCUUUUGGUUGUAUAAUGCUUCAAGUUCUUUCGGGUCGCCGCCCUUGGUCUGAGAUCAAGUCUGAAAAUCCGGAAUUACGCAUUGUUCUUCUGAUACCCGAAGGUCGUGGACCACAGCGCCCCAUCAGCCAUCCUGCGAUAACAGACUCAGAUUGGAACUUUAUCCAAAGGUGUCUGCAGUUCAGACCCGAACGUCGACCUUCAGGUGAUGAAGUGCUUGGCUUCGUCAUGCAUAGGUUUUCCUCCUCGGGUAAGCGUGCAUAG